CUAUCGGUCCGCCUACGUCAAACAUCGCGAGCAGAACCAUCGCGCGCGGCUGCCAGCUGACAAGCUCUUCACCUGCGAUGUAUGCGGCAUGCAGUUCAGGUAUCUAAAGUCCUUUAAGAAGCACCGCCUCAACCACGCGCUUGAGCGGUUGCAGCGCGCACCCGAAUCUCAGAACAGCGUAGUCGUCGUCUCGGCACCGGCCGAGCGCAGCGAUCAGGUCUCGAGCACCGGCGAGCCGUCCCAGGUGGAGACCGGCAGCGAUACCACCACGAAUCCGGGCGACGCCGAGGAGAUGCGUGGUGUAUUCUCUGAGAGCGCUCGCGGUGACGAGAGCGUCUCCGAGACCGCGAGCGUUCAAGAGAACCCUGGCGACGCGGUGGAGGUACAGAUGACGGAGACCACUGCCACCGGAACCGGCGGGAUUGGCGGCGGUGGCGGUGGUACCAGCAGCGAAGCUGGCGAUGUGGACGACAACGUUGUUGACGACGAUCGGCACGAGCCGAGCGAGGCGAUGAUCGAUCUCGCGCGGAGCGUCACUCGCGAGGCCGAUCGUCGCGAGCGACGCUUUGCCUGCCCGUUCUGCGGCAAGUGCGUGAGGUCCAAGGAAAAUCUGAAGCUGCACGUGCGCAAGCAUACUGGCGAACGGCCGUUCGUCUGUCUGUUUUGCGGUCGCGCCUUCGGAGGCAAGAGCGACCUGACGAGGCACCUGCGCAUCCACACCGGCGAGCGUCCGUAUCAUUGCGAGAUGUGCGGCAAAUGCUUCGCCCGGGCUGACUAUCUCUCCAAGCAUCUCACCACGCAUAUUCACCAGCGCUAACGCGAUCGCAACUCGGCUCACUCGCCUCGGCCUCCUCGGAGCCGAAGAGCACCGCAACGACGUGCCUCUUUCUCUCCGACGCGUCCCUCCGCGCGUUGACGUGCCGCGGCCGUUGCAGGGCGACUCGAGAAUUGAUCUUACUAAAUUAUACAAGUAAAAAAUAUGUCACGCACGCGUUACAAAUAAUACGUUGAUAUAUAAUAAUGAUGAGGAGAACAAGAGUGCGUUCAGGAAUUUUGGAUAUAUCAUUUUAUCCUUGUUAUUCACUAAAUGUUAAAACAAGGAUAAAAUAAUAUCUAGAUGCACUCGGUUGAACGCAGUUCUCUCGGUGUGCGCUGAUCAGCAAGACAUUAUAUAUAGAGCGCGAAGAACGAAUAGCUGCAUGUAUUUACGGAUUAAUUAUUUUCUCUCUGACAACGCUUCGAAAGACAGAAAUUCUCGUCGCUCACUUCCGAUUCGUGAAGCCGCAAGGAAAUAAUGACAAUAAUCCUUGCUUAAUGGCGCUGUUAAACUAAUUUCGACGCACAAAUUAUAAUCCAAAUUUUGAAAUAUUCGAUCGUUCGUCAUAUGCAAGAUCAUACCUCGAGUUCGCAACAACGCCUGCGUUCCACUCUCAGCUGAUCGUUGUCGAAUGAAAAAUCGUUCUGCUCUCGAGGAGUACGAGCGUCAGAUGAAACUGCUGAAGAACUCCUACUGAGAUGAAGAAAAAGGAGAGAAAGAAAAAAAAGGACCGCAUCUAUCCAUCGCCGCCGGCCCAACAAGACGCGUCAAUUAUGGAGAGACAAGAGAAA